AAAAUUACAUUUGACUCUUGUGGGCGGGACCGGAAGCAGCCGUUCAUACGCUUUUUUUUCCAAAGCAUAGACAAUUAAAGAAAUAUUUUAUCAGUCAGCUAGCUCCUACAACUCUUAAGUACUUAAAAACGGUUGUAAAACCUAAAUGAAUCGUCAUAUUUAUAUAUACGCAUUUGUUUGUUGAAGCUACUAUUACGACGUUAUAUCUCAUAUCGCUCCAGUAAGUGACCAUGGGCGAGGUGGAGCUGUCCUGUCGGGCCUACGUGAAGAUGUAUCUGCACGCCUGUCUGUUCCCGCGGUGCAGCAUCAACGGGCUGCUGCUGUCCUCCAGCCCGGCGGGGGGCCCCGUCUGUGUGACGGACUGUGUCCCGCUGCUCCACUCCCACCUGUCCCUGGCCCCCAUCACCCAGCUGGCCCUCACACAGGUGGAUGUGUGGUGUUCACAGACUCAGCAAAGGAUUGUGGGAUACUAUCAGGUCAACGCCUGCGUAUCAGAUAGCAACCCGACUCCGUGUGCCCUGAAGAUAGCCGAUAAGAUUUCUGAGCAGUUUGACAAUGCCGUUUUGUUGAUGCUCGACGGGAGUAAGAUGUCUUCAGACUAUCGGGUUCCCCCCAUCGUGAUGUACGAGCGCAAAGAUUCAAGAUGGCUGCUGAAAGACAAACACACGAUAAUGCUGCGACAGUGGGAGGAGACUCGGGCGAUAGCCGGUCAGAUGCUGGAGUCGGGCGAUCACGCGCUAUUGGUGGAUUUUGACAGCCACUUGGACGACAUCACAAAGGACUGGACCAAUCAGAAACUGAACACCAAGAUAGCCGAGCUCGCCUCCCCGGCCAACGGGAACAUCUAGACGCAGACACAGUAGUAGAGUCCAUAUUUAUUUCAUCUGUUCUCACCCAUCGACGUGUGAUUUUUAAUAACUACAAACCACACAGCACACAGUUUAGGUGUAUUUUUAAUGCAUUUUUCUCGACUGAACAGGGACGUAACAUGGAACAUGCAUAAAUAACAACAUAUUUACAGCUUGGUAGAUCUCUCUCCCCCCCCCAAGAGUGUGCCUUGUGGUCCAGUCCAACACCCUUCUGAUUUAAAGGACACCCUAAAACACCAUUUCAACACUUUUACCAUGCACCUGUGGUCCCAUUUUUGUCUUUUGCUUUUUUUUUUUUUUUUAAUUGUUAAAUCCUAUCCUAUGUACAAUACAAAUUCUAGGGGGCUGGACAAAAUAACAGCAACACCUUUUACUGCAAGACUUGGUUUUGAAGUGUCGGAUGUUUCGUUCCUUUGUUCUUUAACUAUCUAUAACAACAACAGUAGAACAUUUUAAAUGUCUAAAGCAGUGACAGAAUACAGUGUAACUCUCAAAACACUAAUCCCAAGUCUUAACUGGGUACACUCUUGUAAAAUUUGAUUUUACUUUCUCACACAUUAACACAUAACAAUAAAAAUGCACCGAUUGUCCCAGAGGAAUAACAUGAGUAAAUAAUGUUGGGUUUUUUCCUUCUGCUUCAAACCUCAAGUCUCAUCAACAGUGGGAAACUUUUCUUAUCUAUGAAGAA